AACGCAAUUAAUCACCCGACGCAUUACAGUCACCGUCUAACGUUUCCUAAUUUCUCUUUGCAGUUGACGGACCGCGCAGCCUCAUGUGGUGAAAAUACGCUCGUUUUUAAGAUACUGUUGAGGAAGCACGACAUCAAACGGUACCCGAGGAGGGUUCUGAAGCGUCGGCGUUUUAGAAUCCCGAGGAAUCACGCGCGACGUUCGAGGUAGAAGCAGAGGAGGCCGGAGAAAAAAAACGAAUUAGACGAUAGGAUAAAAGGAAACAAGGACGCGAGUCGACGCGGUAAUUUAAGCAGGACGACACGCGUGAAAGGAAAGCGUCAUUGAGAGAAGCUUCACGGGUGACAAUUAGAAGAAAGGGAGGGAGAGAGAGAGAGAGAGAAUCCUCCUCUCAUCUUGUGAGAGAGAGAAGGAGAGAGCCGUCCGUCCAUUGAAAUAUACGUAAUAAAAGAUUCGUGGUGGCGCCCGAACGGUAUUCCGCAAUCCACCACCUGUGGCUUCUCCGAUAGCUUCUCUGAUAAGAGAGGGGGAGAGAGAGAGAGAGGAAAAAGAGCACCACGUCGUUGCAGGGCUCGCGACUUUCAGCUGGAGAUUAACGCUAAGCCCUCCUCUUUAAAGAGCGCUCUUCUUCCAUUAAAAAGGUAAGUACACACCGGCGUUCGCGCGAGGCGACGUCGGUCGCCUUUGAGAAAGGAGGAGAGAGGAGAGAGGAGGAUGCUAAGUUACUUCCGCGAUUUUCGAGUAGCGCGCUGGUAAUAGCAGAGUGACCUGGAGUGACCGAUUGAAAAAGACGAGUCGUGUGGGAAAAGAGAGAGAGAGAGAGAGAACGAUCAUUCUGAUAAAUGAAAGUCGAGAGCGAGUUUCUUGACGACGACGACGACGACGUUUUUAUUCAGGGAUCGCCUAAGCGGCGACUGCCGGAAGUGAUCUCGGAUGAUCGCACCGGCGAGAGGAAGAACAGGUCGUUCCCGCGGACAAGUAAAGAAGGACCGGGAAAAGUGAGAGGACUCGUCCCGGCGAUGACCGUCCGACGAGCGGCACGAGUGUAGGAAAGAAGAGAGAAGAAACGGGAGACAAGCGGUUCUUCCCUCCCUCCGGGCUCCCCCUCGUCGAGAACCGUGGAAGGUCACUCGCGAAAAACGGCGAACCACUACGGGGUGCACUACGCGAACUCGUACGCGUGCAGCAACGGCGCACCGAGCGUGUACGGCACCGGCUGCACCGGCAACGGCUGCGGCUUCAGCCAGCAGCUGCCGUCACCCCAGCAGCAGCUCCACGAGGACUACCGGCCGAUCUACUUCUACGUGGCGCAGCCCUACACGAUCCCCUACACCUUCGCCAAACGACCGAAGCCGGCCGCCUCGUCGCUGCUGAGGACCGGCCCGCCCCCGCGCACCAACUGCCGCGUCAAGUUCUCCAGGAAGCUCGGCAACGCCGACUUCUCGCAGAAGGUCAAGCAGGGCGAGUUUUCCAGGAGCCUCAACCAGGUCCACUUCGCGGAAAGCCACGGUCAAGUGCUCGCGAACUUCCCGAAAGCUGGAGGACCGUCAACGCGCGACCCGAGGAUGACGUCGAUGUUCCGCAGAGGCACGAUCUUCGCUACGUUCUUCCUGUCGUUGCUGGGCGGCGGCCUCGUCUGCGCCGCCCUGGUCACGCAGCACUGGGUGGAGGCACGCCCGUGGAGGACGCCGAAUCCUCAGGAGAGCGCUGGCAGGAUUCACUUCGGGCUGCUGCAGGGCAAGAAGGAAUUAAACGUCGCUUACGGUUGGAGGACGUAUCACGUGUCCGUCCCUCAGAUGAUUCGCCAGGACCCGUCGGUGAUGUCCUGGUCCCUCUGGAUCGGCACUUUGACGACGACAUCGGCUGCUUUGGUAGCGGCCGCGCUCGCUGCACUCUUGGCGGUUCUAAACACGGCUACUUCACCGAGAUCGAAGAUUCUUUCUAUCCCUAGCGUAUAUUUCAUAAAUAUUUUAACACUAUUGAUGUGCUUAGCAAGCACUUGCACGUGGUUAGCGCAGUAUUACACAAGACUGUACGUCAAUGUGCUUCCGAAAGAGGACAUCGACAAUAUGUGGACCAGCGAAGGCUCCGCCGAGCUUGGCUAUUCGUUCUGGCUCGUCGUUAGCGCCGGUGUCGUGCACCUCAUUAGCAUAGCAUUAGUCGGCUGGGGAUCGGGCAGAGAGAAGGACGACCGCCUGGAGCCGAUACCCGCGCUCGAAGAGAAGACAGCCGCAGCGAUAAUGUUGUACUAAACGUCGUGGUGAAACGACGACGUUAACGAAAUGGGCAUCCGCGCUGCGAUCUUGUCGACGCGCGAACUUCGGUAACAUCUUUUACAUUUCGGGUUUCGCGGAGGGGAGAAAGCGAACGACCGAUUGCCUCGCGCAGUUCCUAUAAACAGAUCAAGUGACGCGAUUGCGACGCGUGAAUUGACAAGAUCGUGUAUGGAAAAAAAACGCUUUAUUGUAACUUAAUCUAUACAUUAUUACGUCUUACCGAUAAGGCCGCAAUCUAGACAAUAAUUCGAUUCGGAACCGAACGGCCCGGAGCUGAGAUUUCUAUCGUUCGUACUGUAAAACAUUCAUAUACAGACGUGUGCGUGUAAAUGAUGCACUAUUUCAAAUUCGAGAGAGACGUGCUCACGUACAGUGCGUUACUUCACUGCCGAGUUUACCCCGAUAUAUUUCGAUACUCGUGAACAACAAUCCUCUCCGGAGGAACUCCUUAGAUUUACUGUGCUCUAUUUCUCUUUUUAUCUUCUUUUUUCCUCUUCCCUUUUUUUUUUUUUUUUUUUUACAAAGGCGAUUACUUUGACUAGACUGGGCUCUUUAAAACGAUGAUAUAUGUCGUAUGGUUUUAAGUAAGUUGUAAAGAAGGAUAUAUCCGAUAAGUAAGCCGUGAUUUGCCUUUCCUUUGAGGCAUCGACUUAUCUCACGUAGUUACUUCUCGAUAUUACGCUUCUUCUCUCUUUAUAUAUAUAUAUAUAUAUAUAUAACGUACGCUCUUAUAUAUAUAUACGUUACAUCUGUAGUCGGAUUGAAAUUGCACGUGAAACGCGACAUGAAAUGUAAAUACAAUAGCAAGUUCGCUCUCCGACGGUGUAUUUAUUUAUAACGAUGUCGCGGGUACGAUAAUAAAACAGCGAACAAGAUUGAUGUUAUGUAUUUAUGUAACGGAAUCAUCUGUGUGUUCGCUGUUUUAUUAUUUAUGUGUAUAUACGUAUGUAUAUUCCCCCGUGUACAUUCCCUCCGUUACAAAAGCUUCGUCGUUAUUGUAUACUUUGCAAAAUGGCUCGUGUGUAUUGUACAUGGCGGUAAUCGUUAGUUGUUAGUGUGCGGCAGGAAAAGAGAGAGAGAGAGAGAGAGAAUAAUACAUCUUCCUCUCGAGGAAAGAUACAUCACGAUGUAUAAGAGAACGCGGGAUAAUAUA